AUGACAGAGAAGACACAGAGAGAGGGAGCUGGGAGAGGGAGCUGGGAGGAGGAUGAGGAUGAUGGUAACAGUACUCUCUCCCACUACUACCCCAAAACACAGCUUCUGAUUGGAUCAGCUUGGACUCCUAAGUUUCUCUGAGGGUAAGUGUUCUGGGCUUGUGCGUGUGACCGCUCACCCAGGAAAACUUCACUGCUGAGGACCUCUGUUUGACUACUGGAGCCGACACCACAGAGAAGAAUGGACAGAGAGGGAGGGAAGUAGAACUAACAAUCAUCUCUGAGUGUGUGGGAGACAGAAAUGCAGAGAAUCUUCAUGGAUGGAAUCUCAGACCUGUGGAUAUACAAGUGAGUGUCUGUUGAUAUCUGGAGCCCCAAACAUGAGAAGAUUGCAGUUCAACCACUCUGACGUUUCUGCUGGGGCAGACAAACACCUUUCCUACCAGGCCUGUGCUGCUACCAGGCCUGUGCUGCUACCAGGCCUGUGCUGCUGUCGAAGGCUUCUGUGAUGAUUUUGACCAGUGGUUAAACUCUGCAAAAAGGAUUACUGGGAUUCUUAAACUGUCCCCUUUUACUACAUACUACAUUUGGAAUAAUUCAACUCGCACUGGACCCAUUCCCCAGUGAGGGGAAAUCCACAACAGGCUCCACAAUGGCCACCAGACAGUUGAGACAGAAUGGUGGUGUGAGGGACGUGAUCCCAGAGGAUGGCAGUGACAGGGGAGGAAACUGUGGCAUUGCAGGGAAGUUGGCUGGAGACCGGGGCAGGACAGAGUGGAGAAGGCUAAACCUGCCCAAAAGGAGUAAGAGUUUAGACUGGAGUGGAAGGGGGGCUAGCCCUGGCGAGGGGCUCAGACCUGGGCUGCUGAGGUUUUCUGGGAACCUAGGGGGGUCCACACUUAAACGAGCAGAGAGUUUGGGGAGUAGGGGGGCAGGAGAGAGCAAUGUGUUGUCCAGGGUGAAGGCCUUUAACUCAGUUGGACCAGGGGAAGUGAUGAGCCCCGUUGGGGGGUCAGGGCAUUCCCUUGGUGAAGGGGUGUCCCCUGUGGGUCUAGCAUAUGUGGCUAUAUCUCUGGAGAGGGCCAGUGGGGGCCAGUCCCUCCCCACCAGACUGAGUUCUAGUCCUGGUCCUGGGUCUGGAACCAGAAAACCAGCCGGUGGAUCUCUUGGAUCCUCCAGGGGUCAGAGUAUCUGGGACCGGAUACAGAAGCUCUAUGGGUCUACUGGAACUGAUAAAGCUACAAACAGAGAUGUGAAGGACUCAACCAGAACCAAGCGUCUCUCAACACCGGUAGGAGACUGGUCUCUAUUGGAGAGGGAUGGGGGGGAUACAGCAGCCAAUCGCAGGAAGUCUACCACAGACUCUGUCUUUGUCUCCCCCCUCUCCUCCCCCUUUUCCUCCUCCCUCAGUGGAUUAUCCAGGGGGGAGAGGAACGGCCUACUCUCACACACACCCCUAGGAGAACAGAACACCACACACACACCCCUGGUAGAACAGAACACCACACACACUACACACACACCACAGAGACAUCAGAAUAGUGCAGUCAAGGUGUCUGGUUUGAGCCCCUCACUGUCUCCAGUGUCAGGGUGUACCACACCCACACACUCAUACAAACCCUCACACACACCCUUAGUGGAGGGGUCAUCAGUGUGCAUUAGGGACCCCUCACUAUCCCCUCCAUUAGAAGACAAACAGGAGAGAGGGGAAAAGGAGGUGACAAACACUGUGGGCAAAAAGAGUGUAAGUAGUGAAGACAGCGAAAAGGAGAGCUUCAGGGUGGGGAGCAUGGCUCAGGAAAAAGAGAAAUGGACUGAUGUCGAAGGAAAAGGACACAAGAAAAAGGAGAAGCGAGGGAGAGAUAACGCUGAAGUCUUUCUCCCCCAGCACAGACUAUCAGUGACACCCACCAGGGACUCUCAGCCUAUCACAACGUCCGGAGUAGGGGUCACCACAGGGUCAAACCCCCUCCUGACCAAUCAGCUUAAUGGGAAAACUGACACCUAUGACAGGAGCAAGACCCCUGGUAGAGGCGUGGGCAGGGAACAGAGCCUGUCAGAAGAUGUGUUUGAAGCCAACACCCCACAGAGGAUAACAUUACAGAACACAGAAAAUACCAAGUUACCUGGGAAACUGGUAGUGCCUUCUGCAGCCAGUGUGAGGAACAAGAUCCACCAGUUUGAAGCUCUGACACAGACAUCUCAGGUCCCAGUGCCCAACUACCUGAAGCCCAGACGGGCUUUCUCUGUCCCAGAGCAGCUCAGUGAGUCUGGAGAGAGGGUCAGGAAGAGUGGGUUGGAUAGACAGGUACGUGGGGUGGGGGGAGUAUGGGAGAGAGGGAGAGGAGGAAGAGAGGGAGGGAUUGUAAUUAUGGAUGGGGGGAGAGGACAAGGAGAAGGGGUAAGGAAGAGUGUGCCAGAUAAAGCACUUGGUGGAGGGAGAGGAAGUGAGGUAGUGAGAGAAGAGAGGAAGGCUCAUAGAGGGUGGGCGGUGAGGUCUAUGUCAGUGGAUGAGGUGAGGCUGGGGAGCAGGGAGAGAGGGGGAACAGGGGGAGUGGGGGAGAUGGGAGGAGUGGGGGAGACAGGGGAAGUGGGAGAGAAUGCUGUUGGCUCUGGUACGUUUUCCAACGUCAAGGGUAAACUAGACAUCCCUCUGAAUGGCAAAACCACCAGAGACACACUGAGAGACUUUUCCAUUGAUGAGCCAGACCUCCCCAAUCACACAGUCACACCCCUGGACUGGAGUAGGAGAGGCACCAACACAAAGACUACUACAGUCACUGCCAAGGAUACUUCAUCCUCCCAGCUGUCUAACUCUGUGAACAACUCCAAUGACGUUCUAGGUGGCCCUGACCAGUCUAGGAGGCCUCACAGUAGAGACUCACCUAACCUGCCAUCUCCAGUGAGCGAUGACGACAAGACACCAACCAACACCCCCCAGAACUCUCUCUUCCACCCCCAGAACACACCUCCCACCUCCCCACACCUCCCCACUACUUCCAUGCAGCCUAAACACCAACAGGGUGUAGAUUCAGGCCUGGCUGACCUAAAGAACCCUCCAUUCUCCACACACACAGCCCAGGGUAGGGUCACUACUGACCCUGCUAUCCCAGUCUCACACUCUGGCCUGGGGAGGGAUUCCAUGUCCCUUCCCCUCACCUCCUCCUCCCCCAGCAGCCUACCCCUCCUCCCCACUAUGGCUCGAUGGAACUCAGAGGAGGGGGGAUGGAGUGAUGAGGAUAUUGAUGAUGAAGGUACAGAGAAGGACGAGGACUCCACCUACGACUCAGACUCUGCUGAAUCCUCGGUGACCGUCACCAGCGCCAUGAGCCAAUCACAUCGCAGGAGCUUCUCUCUCAGUCUGGCAGAGCUGUGUAACUUCGGAGAGGUGGACUAUGAUCCCCAGUCUUCCUCUGACAGUGAGGAGUGGCCGUCCAGCCGGUCAGCCAGCCGGUCAGCCAGCCUGUCGUCUGACGUGUCGGCAUUGUCCUGUGUGUCUGUCCUGGGCAGUGAUGAGCUGAACCGCCUGCUGGACGACAUAAAGGGCCUGGGGGACACAACGCUGCAGAACUAUGAGGAUGUCCAGGUGGUGGUUCUCCAUAAGGAUGUUGGUGUGGGCCUGGGCUUCACCAUGGCAGGAGGAGUGGACCAGAACAAACCUGUCAUUGUCCAUAAGGUGUUCCCGGCAGGGGUGGCUGCUAAGGAGGGAUCCAUCCAGGAGGGAGACAAGGUCCUGUCAAUCAACGGCACAGCGCUGUGUGGCUCCUCCCACUGGGAGGUGCUGAGGACACUAAGGAGGGCACGGACUCACGGGAUGGGCGUGGUUGUCUUGAGGAGAGGGGGGGUAACAGACCCCCGUAAGGGAGGAACAGUGACUGAUAGUCCAGGAGGGACACAGACAGAGCCUGCUAACACUGGUCAGAGGGUGUGUGUGAGGCUGGAGAAGUGCAGCAGAGACCUGGGCUUCAGUCUGGAGGGAGGAGUGGGUUCCAGCCUGGGAGACAAACCCCUCACUGUACAGAAACUCUUCCUGGGUGGUCCAGUGAACCAGGUGUCUCCAGGGGACGAGGUGAUGGAGAUCGAGGGUGUGAGCUUGGUGGGCCUGAGGAGGCUGGAGGCCUGGACCUUGAUCAGAACAUUGCCCCCUGGGCCUGUGGAUGUGGUACUACACCGUCCUCACAAACCACAGUAACAGGAAUGAACAUUGAUAUGCACCCUCGAUAUGAUUAUAACAAGGCACUGAAGCAUUGUCCUCCUAUGAGGUUGAAGUGAGGGUUGCCAAUCUGAUUUUGGAUAUGUGGUUCGGGUCAACUUCUACCUCAAGUGAGAGGGAUGAUAUGUAUUGCAGCAGUCAUACGAUAAUAAAGCACUGAAGAGACCAGUAAACACUGAGGAGGGGGUCUGUCUGUGUAUAGGGUCAACCCAGGGUAUGAAGAGGGAGACAGAGAUCAAUACAAAGCACUGAAGAGACCAGUAAACACUGAGGAGAGGGUCUGUCUGUGUAUAGGGUCAACCCAGGGUAUGAAGAGGGAGACAGAGAUCAAUACAAAGCACUGAAGAGACCAGUAAACACUGAGGAGAGGGUCUGUCUGUGUAUAGGGUUAACCCAGGGUAUGGAGAGGGAGACAGAGAUCAAUACAAAGCACUGAAGAGACCAGUAAACACUGAGGAGAGGGUCUGUCUGUGUAUAGGGUCAACCCAGGGUAUGGAGAGGGAGACAGAGAUCAAUACAAAGCACUGAAGAGACCAGUAAACACUGAGGAGAGGGUCUGUCUGUGUAUAGGGUUAACCCAGGGUAUGGAGAGGGAGACAGAGAUCAAUACAAAGCACUGAAGAGACCAGUAAACACUGAGGAGAGGGUCUGUCUGUGUAUAGGGUCAACCCAGGGUAUGAAGAGGGAGACAGAGAUCAAUACAAAGCACUGAAGAGACCAGUAAACACUGAGGAGAGGGUCUGUCUGUGUAUAGGGUCAACCCAGGGUAUGAAGAGGGAGACAGAGAUCAAUACAAAGCACUGAAGAGACCAGUAAACACUGAGGAGAGGGUCUGUCUGUGUAUAGGGUCAACCCAGGGUAUGGAGAGGGAGACAGAGAUCAAUACAAAGCACUGAAGAGACCAGUAAACACUGAGGAGAGGGCCUUUCUGUGUAUAGGGUCAACCCAGGGUAUGGAGAGGGAGACAGAGAUCAAUACAAAGCACUGAAGAGACCAGUAAACACUGAGGAGAGGGUCUGUCUGUGUAUAGGGUCAACCCAGGGUAUGGAGAGGGAGACAGAGAUCAAUACAAAGCACUGAAGAGACCAGUAAACACUGAGGAGAGGGUCUGUCUGUGUAUAGGGUCAACCCAGGGUAUGGAGAGGGAGACAGAGAUCAAUACAAAGCACUGAAGAGACCAGUAAACACUGAGGAGAGGGUCUGUCUGUGUAUAGGGUCAACCCAGGGUAUGAAGAGGGAGACAGAGAUCAAUACAAAGCACUGAAGAGACCAGUAAACACUGAGGAGAGGGUCUGUCUGUGUAUAGGGUCAACCCAGGGUAUGAAGAGGGAGACAGAGAUCAAUACAAAGCACUGAAGAGACCAGUAAACACUGAGGAGAGGGUCUGUCUGUGUAUAGGGUCAACCCAGGGUAUGGAGAGGGAGACAGAGAUCAAUACAAAGCACUGAAGAGACCAGUAAACACUGAGGAGAGGGUCUGUCUGUGUAUAGGGUCAACCCAGGGUAUGAAGAGGGAGACAGAGAUCAAUACAAAGCACUGAAGAGACCAGUAAACACUGAGGAGAGGGUCUGUCUGUGUAUAGGGUCAACCCAGGGUAUGGAGAGGGAGACAGAGAUCAAUACAAAGCACUGAAGAGACCAGUAAACACUGAGGAGAGGGUCUGUCUGUGUAUAGGGUCAACCCAGGGUAUGGAGAGGGAGACAGAGAUCAAUACAAAGCACUGAAGAGACCAGUAAACACUGAGGAGAGGGUCUGUCUGUGUAUAGGGUCAACCCAGGGUAUGGAGAGGGAGACAGAGAUCAAUACAAAGCACUGAAGAGACCAGUAAACACUGAGGAGAGGGUCUGUCUGUGUAUAGGGUCAACCCAGGGUAUGGAGAGGGAGACAGAGAUCAAUACAAAGCACUGAAGAGACCAGUAAACACUGAGGAGAGGGUCUGUCUGUGUAUAGGGUCAACCCAGGGUAUGGAGAGGGAGACAGAGAUCAAUACAAAGCACUGAAGAGACCAGUAAACACUGAGGAGAGGGUCUGUCUGUGUAUAGGGUCAACCCAGGGUAUGAAGAGGGAGACAGAGAUCAAUACAAAGCACUGAAGAGACCAGUAAACACUGAGGAGAGGGUCUGUCUGUGUAUAGGGUCAACCCAGGGUAUGAAGAGGGAGACAGAGAUCAAUACAAAGCACUGAAGAGACCAGUAAACACUGAGGAGAGGGUCUGUCUGUGUAUAGGGUCAACCCAGGGUAUGAAGAGGGAGACAGAGAUCAAUACAAAGCACUGAAGAGACCAGUAAACACUGAGGAGAGGGUCUGUCUGUGUAUAGGGUCAACCCAGGGUAUGAAGAGGGAGACAGAGAUCAAUACAAAGCACUGAAGAGACCAGUAAACACUGAGGAGAGGGUCUGUCUGUGUAUAGGGUCAACCCAGGGUACUCACUCUGGAUAAGAGCGUCUGCUAAAUUACUCAAAUGUACAUUGUUUUACUUACAGGGGUGCUAGAGGAUCACAUUAUCUGGCCACCUAUGCUGCACACAAAUAUACUCUGUUCUCAGGGAUAGGUGUGUGUGUGUGUGUGUGUGUGUGUGUGUGUGUGUGUGUGUGUGUGUGUGUGUGUGUGUGUGUGUGUGUGUGUGUGUGUGUGUGUGUGUGUGUGUGUGUGUGUGUAAUGAGGCUCUUAGGUUUAGUUUAUAGGCCUAUAUGUGUUUAUGUAAUGUCUCAUGUCUCAGUGACACAUCGCGUUCAAAUUACACUGAUUAACGUCACUGAUUAACGUCACUCAUUAAUUAGUGACAGGUCAGGUCAGAAGACUCUGCUCUUGGUGGGAUGGGUUCUCAUUGGAUGGGUCUCCCUCCCUGACACCUGACCAUGUGAUAAGAUGGCAUUCGGCUAUAGCCGAUGUAAUACUAAGCGUAGCUUUUUCUGCCCCUACCAAGACAAUAAUGCCAAGUCAUUGUUUACUGCUCCCCAGUGUGACCUUUAGUGAGCUAGUGAUACUUCAUAACAUUUCAACCAAGCUGCGUUUUAUUAGUAUCUGUCUUCCCUGAGUCAUUAUCUCCUCAUUAUCGGUACUGUCUUUUUAUUAUCCUGAGGGUUUCAUCAGGGCCUGUUCAGGAGAAGUGACUUUUCAUAACGUUCAGAUAGAAAUGUCUUUUCUAGAGCAGACACAUGGGUCUGUCAUGUAGAAUACAGAGUUGUACCAGCUCUAAGCACAUAUUUUCUUCUUUAAUUUACCUGAAAUUGAAGGACAGUUCACUGCCUUCCUCAGUUGUGUUUGUACACUCUUUCAUUUUUCUCUGUGGUUUAUUAAUUACAGUAGAUUACUCAACACUAUUACAAGAGAGGUCAAUAUAACCACAUUGACCAAUCUUAUCACUCUGGUGGAGUUGUCAACACAGGCUUAAUUAAUGAUUAGUUGCCUAGUUGGCACAGGCCUACAUUAGGUUUGCCAAAAGAACCAAAGGGCAGUGUUGUACGAUUGUGAAGUUCUUUUUAAUGUACUAAUACUGAAGAAUCAGAAUACACAAAUGGGCAGGCAUGCACACGCACGCACGCACGCGCACACACACACACACACACACACACACACACACACACACACACACACACACACACACACACACACACACACACACACACACACACACACACACACACACACACACACACACACACACACACACACACACACACACACGGCACCUUAGGAGAUCAUGUUGUUAAAGAUGCUAACCCCCCGGAAGGUCACAUGGUCCUUAUCUAAUUCCCUGUGGUAUCUUUAGGGUCAGGUGGGGCUGUAAACACAACAUACAGAUAUUAUACACCACUCUUACACAACGCUCACUCAAUAUUCAACUGCAUGAUACUCAAUACAAAGACUAGAGAAACAAGGGAAGACAGUCAGAGAUGUGUUGUAAUACUUCAUUUUCAGCCCAGAUAAGUAGAUCUGGGUUAAAACUAUAAUUAUAUUUAUAUCGGAACAAAACAGCUCAAAGGAUAUGCCUAGCUAGUUACCUUGGGAGCUAGGUAGCUAGUUAACUUGGUAGCUAGUUACCUUGGGAGCUAGGUAGCUAGUUACCUUGGGAGCUAGGUAGCUAGUUACAUUGGGAGCUAGGUAGCUAGUUAACUUGGUAGCUAGUUAGCUUGGUAGCUAGGUAGCUUGGUAGCUUUCAAGAUAGCAAUAUAUAUCUGGGAUCCAACUUUUUUCUCAAAUGACUUAGCUGGCUAAUUGACUUCCUCAAGCAUGGUAAGACAAAGGAGCUCAAAUGUUUAAUCACACCAAAAACACAGCAGAUACUGUUUGUUUAGAAGGAGGAUGACAUUUAACUAGGAUUUAAAACUAGGUUUUGUGCAGUUUAGAGUUCAUGGUUAUGGAGGCCAAAGUCUGAUUGACGAGAUCAGAUCCGAUACUUUAGUUAAUGGACAGUCAGCCGUGUGUGUGUGUGUGUGUGUGUGUGUGUGUGUGUGUGUGUGUGUGUGUGUGUGUGUGUGUGUGUGUGUGUGUGUGGUUGACGUGGAUGUGAUGAGGGGACAGGUCGGACACUGAUAAAGACCGUAACUAGCUAGUAAAGGAGUGCACGGGGAAAGAUGAAGACGGACAUUAGACCACAGACAGGUGAAGAUGACAGCUGUUAUUGACUGAAUGACACUUUUUAUUUUUGCCUUUGACAGUGUGUGAAUACCACUUUGACUACAAGAUUCUGCAGAAACCAGUAGAUCUGCACAGAGCAACAUACACAUAAUCUGUAGGCUGGCCAGGUGUAAGCUACAGGUUUAGGCACAGAUGCAUAUAGAUGGGAUAGGUCCAGGCUAACAAACAGGUAUUGGGGAUGAAGGAGAGCGGGCAGGUACCAGGUACCUGACGAACCCCUUGGCUCGGGAGUGUUUGGGAGAGCUGAUGGGAACAUUUGUUCUGCUGAUGAAAUCUCGUGUCUUGUGACGGCCGGCCGCCCAACAACCUGCCCGCUUGACCCAAUCCCCUCCUCUCUUCUCCAGACCAUUUCCGGAGACCUUCUCCCUUACCUCACCUCGCUCAUCAACUCAUCCCUGACCGCUGGCUACGUCCCUUCCGUCCUCAAGAGAGCGAGAGUUGCACCCCUUCUGAAAAAACCUACACUCGAUCCCUCCGAUGUCAACAACUACAGACCAGUAUCCCUUCUUUCUUUUCUCUCCAAAACUCUUGAACGUGCCGUCCUUGGCCAGCUCUACCGCUAUCUCUCUCAGAAUGACCUUCUUGAUCCAAAUCAGUCAGGUUUCAAGACUAGUCAUUCAACUGAGACUGCUCUUCUCUGCAUCACGGAGGCGCUCCGCACUGCUAAAGCUAACUCUCUCUCCUCUGCUCUCAUCCUUCUAGACCUAUCGGCUGCCUUCGAUACUGUGAACCAUCAGAUCCUCCUCUCCACCCUCUCCGAGUUGGGCAUCUCCGGCGCGGCCCACGCUUGGAUUGCGUCCUACCUGACAGGUCGCUCCUACCAGGUGGCGUGGCGAGAAUCUGUCUCCUCACCACGCGCUCUCACCACUGGUGUCCCCCAGGGCUCUGUUCUAGGCCCUCUCCUAUUCUCGCUAUACACCAAGUCACUUGGCUCUGUCAUAACCUCACAUGGUCUCUCCUAUCAUUGCUAUGCAGACGACACACAAUUAAUCUUCUCCUUUCCCCCUUCUGAUGACCAGGUGGCGAAUCGCAUCUCUGCAUGUCUGGCAGACAUAUCAGUGUGGAUGACGGAUCACCACCUCAAGCUGAACCUCGGCAAGGGGAUCGGCAUGUCGAUGUCGUCCAAUUGCAGCGGAGCGAUAAACCCUGCCCUUGACCUGGGGCCACGCCUCUUGACACUGACCGCCGGCUGGGGCACUGAGGUGUUCACGUAGGUCUAACACACAAACACCUUUUGACCUGAGUCUGCAGGUGUGCAACAUGUCAGGUAUUACAGGAAGUGGUCAGUAGGUCAGUUAAGUGCACGGGAGAGAAGAGUGAACCAUAUGAAAGGAGUGGCAUACUGCUGGACUAGAGGUAGAUCUGGUUUGUGUGUUUGUGUGUUUGUGAAUGUGUUGGUGCCAAGUGUGCCACACACAGGAGGCUGCUGAGGGGAGGAAUGGGAUGAUGUUGAAUCAACGUGAAAAACUGAUUGGAUUUGCAAAAACUCGUCAAUAUAACGGCAUUUCUUCUUAUUUUCACCCAACUUUUCACCUAAUUCCAAUGUUGUUGAUUUCAUGUUGAAUUCACAUUAGUUGACAACCCAACCAAAUGUCAAUCAAAACUAGAUGUUGAAUGGACUGCUUUGCCCAGUGGGGAGACAUUUCUCUGGCUGUUUCCUAUAGGAGAAAGGACAUGCUAACAGACUGAUGGGAGAACAUUUGUCCAAGCCUCCUCUCCUGACAUUUUGUUCUAUUGACAUGAUACUGCUGAUUGAGGAUCAGGUGUAUAUAUUAGUAGUGAGCUUCAAAAACAGAGUCAGAGGUAAAAGGAGAAGUUGAUACUAUGAUUAGAGCCAGGCGUUCUGGUUGUUUUUUGAGGGUUUUAUCUUUGACAGGUAUUUACAACAUUAUCCACUGGGUUUGCUGCAGGCAGAAAAUCCAAGGAAACGCUCUUUAAUUGAAACAAGCUGUCUCCAAUCAAUAAUUCAUUGUUUGGUUGUGAGUGAGUGUUUCGGGGAGGUGUAGCUCAAGUCAGGGGAGGCGUAGCUCAUGUCAGGGGAGGCGUAGCUCAAGUCAGGGGAGGCGUAGCUCAAGUCAGGGGAGGCGUAGCUCAUGUCAGGGGAGGCGUAGCUCAAGUCAGGGGAGGCGUGGCUCAAGUCAGGGGAGGUGUAGCUCAAGUCAGGGGAGGCGUAGCUCAAGUCAGGGGAGGCGUAGCUCAUGUCAGGGGAGGCGUAGCUCAAGUCAGGGGAGGCGUAGCUCAAGUCAGGGGAGGCGUAGCUCAAGUCAGGGGAGGCGUAGCUCAUGUCAGGGGAGGCGUAGCUCAUGUCAGGGGAGGCGUAGCUCAAGUCAGGGGAGGCGUAGCUCAAGUCAGGGGAGGCGUAGCUCAAGUCAGGGGAGGCGUAGCUCAAGUCAGGGGAGGCGUAGCUCUAUGAAAGUAAUUGCACAAAGCCUAUUAUUUGGCAGAGAAUGCUAUUUGUAUACUGAUCAAAAGCAUAAACGCAACAAAGUGUUGGUCCCAUGUUUCAUGAGCUGAAAUAAAAGAUUUCAGAAAUGUUCCAUACAAAAAAAAGCUUAUUUCCCUCAUUUUGUGCACAAAUUUGUGUACAUACCUGUUAGUGAGCAUUUCUCUUUUGCCAAGACAAUUCAUCCACCUGACAGGUGUGGCAUCUCAAGAAGCGGAUUAAACCGCAUGAACAUUACACAGGUGUACCUUGUGCUGGGGACAAAAGGCCACUCUAAAAUGUGCAGUUUUGUCACACAACACAACGCCACAGAUGUCUCAAGUGUUGAGGGAGUGUGUAAUUGGCAUGUUGACUGCAGUAAUAUCCACCAGAGUUGUUGCCAGAUAAUUGAAUGUUCAUUUCUUUACCGUAAGCCACCUCCAGCGUCGUUUUUGAGAAUUUGGCAGAACGUCCGACCAGCCUCAUAACCGCAGACCGUGUAUAACCUUCUUCACCGGCAGGAUUGAGACCAGCCACUUGGACAACUGAUGAAACUGAAUAUUUCUGUCUUUUGUGAGGAAAAACUCAUUCUGAUUGGCUGGGCCUUGCUCCCCAGUGGGUGGGCCUAUGCCCUCCCAGGCCCAGCCAUGGCUGCGCUCCUGAGCAGUCAUGUGAAACCCAUAGAUUGGAGCUUAAUACAUUUAUUUCAAUUGACUGAUUUCCUUAUAUGAACUAUAACUUAUUCAAAUCGUUGCAUGUUGCGUUUAUAUUUUUCAAUAAAGAUCAGUGAUUAUACACCUCACUUUGCUCAAGCUGAUUCUCUCCAAGACUCAAUCCCUGAUCAUUGGAGGUUGUAAAAUGGUGCAGUUAGGACAGUUAGGACAGUUCAAGGGGAGAAGAGAUGAAUCCAACCAGAAAAAAAACUCUAAAUCACAAUAUCGCUUGAAAAAAAGAACACCAAUGAAAACAUUUCUGAAAAA